AGUACAUUUUCAACACCUCCAACACAAACAUUAAGUCAUACAUAAAAAAAAAAAAAGCAUAAUUAAUUAAGAUGAAUGGAGGAGAAGCAGAUCAAGUGAAGAUAGAGGAAGAAAAAGAGACGAUGAAGAACGACACAGAGAAGAAACUGAAAGAUCGAAAAGUGUCAUGGGCGAAGCUUCGCCGAGUAGACUCUCUCAAUUUGGAAGCGGGAAGAGUUACUAUGGCCGAAAACAACCAUUCAAAGAUGGGUUGGAGCAUGACACUGAUGUUGGCAUUUCAAAGCAUAGGGAUUGUAUAUGGUGAUAUUGGUACAUCUCCACUAUAUGUGUAUGCAAGUACUUUUACGGAUGGAAUAAAAAACAACGAUGACAUUCUUGGUGUUUUGUCUCUCAUCAUCUAUACCAUUGUGCUCAUACCUAUGCUUAAAUACGUUUUCAUUGUCUUAUGGGCUAAUGAUAAUGGCAACGGUGGAGCGUUUGCACUAUAUUCAUUGAUAUGUAGGCAUAUAAAUGUGAGUUUGGCUCCCAAUCAACAGCCAGAGGACAUGGAACUUUCAAAUUACAACCUUGAAAUACCAUCUACCAAGCAAAAAAGAGCUCAUAGAUUAAAGCAAAAGCUUGAGAAAAGUCAUUUUGCUCGAAUUCUACUUUUACUUCUAGCUAUAAUGGGAACUUCCAUGGUCAUAGGAGACGGUAUUCUAACUCCAUCAAUUUCAGUUCUUUCUGCGGUGAGCGGGAUCAGUAAAUCACUUGGUCAAGAUGCUGUUGUGGGCAUCACUGUAGCAAUUUUGAUUGUCCUAUUUGCUAUGCAACGAUUUGGUACUGAUAAAGUGGGAGCCUUAUUUGCUCCAAUAAUUUUAAUAUGGUUUGCAUUUAUUGGUGGAAUUGGUAUCUACAAUUUAUUCAAAUACGACGUUGGAGUAUUACGAGCUUUUAAUCCAAAAUAUAUAGUUGAUUACUUCAAAAGAAAUGGUAAGGAUGGAUGGUUAUCACUAGGUGGAGUCUUUCUAUGCAUUACAGGAUCCGAGGCCAUGUUUGCUGAUUUGGGUCACUUCAGUGUACGAGCCAUUCAAAUUAGCUUUACUUGCAUUACAUUUCCUGCAAUAUUGGCAGCAUAUAUUGGGCAAGCAGCAUUUCUAAGAAAAUUCCCUGAAAAAGUGGCAGAUACUUUCUAUGAUAGUAUACCAGACCCCUUGUAUUGGCCAACAUUUGUUGUUGCUGUUGCUGCGGCCAUUAUAGCUAGCCAAGCAAUGAUUUCAGGAGCAUUUUCCAUUAUAUCACAAGCCUUGAGUCUAGGUUGUUUCCCUAGAGUUAAGGUUGUGCAUACUUCAGUUAAACAUCAUGGUCAAGUGUAUAUUCCAGAGGUCAACUACAUGUUUAUGAUUGGAUGUAUUAUAGUUUGUGCUGCCUUCAAGACCACAGAUAACAUUAGCCAUGCAUAUGGGAUUGCUGUUGUUGGUGAUAUGUUGAUAACAACCACACUUGUUUCACUUAUAAUGCUUGUUAUAUGGAAGAAGAGCUUAUGGAUGGUCAUACUCUUCUUUUUCACAUUUGGUUUUACAGAAAUUGUUUAUUUCUCAUCUCAAAUAACAAAGUUCACUGGUGGAGGCUAUUUUCCAAUUGUACUAGCUAUGUUCUUAACAAUAGUUAUGGGAAUUUGGCACUAUGUUCACAAAGAAAGAUACAUGUUUGAACUCAAUAACAAAGUUUCAAGUGAGUUUUUAAGGGAAUUAGCCACCAAUACACAUGUACAUAGAGUACCAGGAAUUGGAUUUUUGUAUUCUGAGUUAGUGCAAGGAAUUCCUCCAAUAUUUCCACACUUAAUUUCUAAUGUACAGUCCAUUCAUUCUGUUCUCGUCUUUGUUUCCAUCAAGACUAUUCCUGUCAGCAAUGUUGCUUCCGAAGAGAGGUUUUUGUUUCGACAGGUGGAAUCACGCGAGUAUCGAAUUUUUCGAUGUGUUGUCAGACGCGGUUACAAUGAUGCCGUUGAGGAGCCUCUUCAGUUUGAGUCGCAAUUGAUACAAAAUCUCAAGAGAUUCAUUCAACAAGAGAAUUUUAUGAUCGAUGUUAAUGAAGGUAAUACUAAUGUAACAACAACAACAGAACAAUUAGUACCUAUUUCUGGUAAAGAGAGUAGUACUGAGAUGGAUGACGUAUCAGGUAAAGAAGUUAAGCCAAGGUUGAGUAAUUCUUCUAAUCGAAUUAUCCCGAGUUAUGGUGGUGUGUCUCAUGUUUCAUCGGAUUCUAUUCGAUCGUUGCCUGGAAGUGUGACAAAAUCAUCAAAUUUCUUUGCGCCUAUAGUUCAAGGACCGGAAGAGGAAAUAAAAUUUAUUGACAAAGAAAUGGAAAAGGGUGUGGUGUAUAUGAUUGGUGAAGCAGAGGUUGUAGCUCAUCCAAAUUCUUCCAUUUUGAAUAAGAUUGUUGUGAACUAUGCUUAUAGAUUCUUGCGCAAGAACUUUAGACAAGGAGAAGAUUCUAUGGCAAUUCCACACAAGAGACUUCUUAAGAUUGGAAUGACAUAUGAAAUAUGACAUUUGAGAUAUGUAGUGAAACAAAUUGAUAUAUAUUAUGCAUAUAUGUUAACUACUACUAGGCUCAAAGCUGGUUGGUUUAAUUAUUUUUGCGUUAUGUGAAAAAUGAAAUGUUGUAUUAUAAGAUAAAUAUGUAUUUUUGUGCUCAAUUUUAUUUUUUUAUGUUUGUAACUUUUUCACCAAGUCAUGUAAGUUUUGAUUGAUGGAGAAGUGAGCAUCAUUGCUCUCACAUAAAUAAAGUGCAAAUUGUGAAUCA